UCUUUUCCCACUAUAAUUCUGUGUAGCUCCCAACUCUUCACUCAUAUCUAUAUAAACCCCUUCCCCCUUCUUCUUUCCCGUAUCUUUUACACACACACAAACACACAAACACACACACACACACAAUAUAUAUAUAUCUAUAUACUCUCGAUUACGAUAACAAUGGCGGCGACCAAUAACAGCGGUUCUAGUAGCGGUCUGAUCGUCAGCUUCGGUGAGAUGCUGAUCGAUUUCGUGCCGACGGUCUCCGGCGUGUCUCUGGCGGAGGCGCCUGGAUUUCUCAAGGCUCCCGGCGGCGCGCCGGCGAACGUCGCCAUAGCGGUGGCGAGGCUGGGCGGGAACGCCGCGUUCGUCGGCAAGCUCGGCGACGACGAGUUCGGCCAGAUGCUCGCCGGAAUCCUGAAGGAGAACGGCGUCUCCGCCGAGGGCGUGAAUUUCGACACCGGCGCGAGGACGGCGCUGGCGUUCGUAACCCUACGCGCCGACGGCGAGCGUGAGUUCAUGUUCUACAGGAACCCCAGCGCCGACAUGCUGCUCACCCCCGAUGAGUUGAAUCUCGAUCUCAUCAGAUCUGCGAAAGUGUUCCACUACGGAUCGAUAAGCUUGAUCGUGGAGCCAUGUCGAUCAGCUCAUCUGAAAGCAAUGGAAGUGGCAAAGGCCGCCGGCGCACUUCUCUCGUACGACCCGAACCUCCGCCUGCCGCUUUGGUCCUCCGCGGAGGAGGCUCGCCGCCAGAUCAUGAGCAUUUGGGAUCAGGCUGAGGUCAUCAAAGUUAGCGACGAAGAGCUCCAAUUCCUCACCGAAAACGAUAAGGUCGACGACGAAUCCGCAAUGUCUCUAUGGCACGACAACUUGAAGCUUCUCUUGGUCACACUCGGAGACAAGGGUUGCAGAUACUAUACCAAGAAUUUUCGUGGGGAGGUGGAUGCGUAUCGUGUGAAGACGGUGGAUACAACUGGAGCGGGGGAUUCUUUCGUCGGAGCGCUUUUGUACAAGAUGGUUGACGACCAGACGAUAAUCGAGGAUGAGUUGAGGUUGAAGGAAGUGCUUAAAUAUGCAUGUGCUUGUGGAGCUAUCACUACUACUAAGAAGGGAGCAAUUCCAGCUCUACCUACUCCUUCUCAAGUACUCACUCUUCUCAACGGGACUGAAACCAUGUAAAAGAGAACAAACGGCUUUCUUAGUAGUUUAAUGUUUUUCCUUAGAUUUUUUUUUUUAGCUUUUGGUAAUGCAUAGGUGUUUUUCAAUUUCUGAAACUUUGUGUUUUACAAUUUUAAUUUUUUCAAAGUUGUUUGACAUUUAUUUGGAGAAGUUUCUUUAC